UCUCCUUACUCAAGAGGACCUGCUCUCUGGCCUUUUGUUCCUUAUUUGACACAAAAAGCACUUACCGAGAGAAGGGGAGAGAUAGAGAGAUAAAAUGCCAGCAAAUAAAGUUAAGCUUAGUUUAAGACUUUGAUGUGCUGUUACAAUGAAUAGCUAUUGAUCAAAACAUAUUAUUAAUUUUAAGGACUGAUUGGCACAAAGAAUUUAAUACAGUGGAAUUUGCAGGCUGAAGCUGAAGUGUAAGGCUUUGUUUGUUUUGCUGAGAAGAUGGGAGUAGUUACAGUUGCUGAACUGAAGACAAACAUAUCUGUGAAGAGGUCUAGAGCCCAUCUUACUGAAUGGCCAAUAUCUGAUGUUUCUAGUGAUCUUACAAUAGAUGUAGGAGCUGCUAGUUUUGCCCUUCACAAGUUCCCUUUAGUAUCUCGAAGUGGAAGGAUAAGAAAGCUGCUGCUUGAGGCAAAAGAUUCAAAGAUGUCAAGACUGAAUCUUCCUGGUCUUCCAGGUGGAUCUGAAGCAUUUGAACUCGCUGCGAAGUUCUGUUAUGGAGCGAACAUUGAGAUUACCAUAUCAAAUGUUGCAAUGCUAAGAUGUGCAGCCAGUUUCCUGGAAAUGACAGAAGACAUCUCCGAUAAAAACCUGGAAAUACGAACCGAAGUUUUCUUAAAGGACACAGUAUUCCCAAACAUAUCCAACUCAGUGUCUGUUCUUCACAGCUGUGAGAAACUACUACCAAUAUCAGAAGAAGUCAAACUCACAAGUAGGUUAAUCAAUGCUAUUGCAAAUAAUGCUUGUAAAGAGCAACUUACAUCUGGUUUUUUGAAAUUGGAGCAUAAUUUCCCAUUCAAACCUAUUAAAAGCCUUGAUAUAGAGACAGCGUCGGACUGGUGGGGCAAAUCACUAAUUGUGCUGAACCUGGAAUUGUUUCAGAGGGUUUUAUCUGCAUUUAAAAUGAAAGGUCUUAAACAAGAUAUUAUAAGUAGAAUCUUGAUUAACUAUGCCCAAAAUUCUCUUCAGGGACUCAUUGUUAAGGAUCCUCGUUUGGUUAAAGGAAGUUUCUUGGAUUUGGAUCUACAAAAGAAACAAAGGGUCACCGUUGAAACAAUAGUUAGCUUGCUACCAACACCGUCGAGGAGAAGUACAGUCCCAAUAGCCUUUCUUUCGAGCUUGUUAAAAUCUGCAAUAGUAGCAUCAGCAUCUACUUCUUGUAGAUCUGAUCUAGAAAGGCGCAUUGGUCUACAACUACAUCAAGCGGUUCUUGAGGAUAUUCUCAUACCUGGAAAUGGGAAUGGAAACAACCAUAGCCCUUUGUAUGACACUGAUUCAAUCUUAAGGAUAUUUUCCAUUUUCUUAAAUUUGGAUGAGGAUGAUGUAGAAGAUAACCAACUAAGAGAUGAAUGCGGAAUGGUUUUUGACUUUGACAGCCCUGGAUCUCCCAAGCAAAGCUCAAUUCUUAAGGUUUCAAAAUUACUGGACAAUUAUCUCACAGAAGUUGCACUAGAUUCAAAUCUAACACCAUUAAAGUUUACAGCACUGGCGGAGUUACUUCCAGACCAUGCCCGUUUAGUUGAUGAUGGACUGUAUCGAGCUGUAGAUAUUUUCCUCAAGGUUCAUCCGAACAUAAAGGACUCAGAACGGUAUAAACUCUGCAAAACUAUUGAUUGCCAGAAACUAUCACAAGAAGGCUGCAGUCAUGCUGCACAAAACGAGCGGUUACCUGUACAAAUGGCAGUUCAAGUGCUGUAUUUUGAACAAAUCAGACUGAGAAAUGCAAUGAAUGGGGGACAAAACCAGUUAUUCUUUGGGUCAAUGAACAGUCAGUUUCCUCAUCGUUCAGGCAGUGGAGUAGGAAGCGGAUGCAUUUCUCCGAGAGAUAAUUAUGCAUCAGUGAGGAGAGAAAAUAGAGAAUUGAAGCUUGAGGUAACAAGAAUGAGAAUGAGGCUUACAGAUUUAGAAAAAGAUCAUGUGUCUAUGAAACAGGAGCUAGUAAAACCACAUCCUGCCAAUAAGUUAUUCAAGUCAUUUACCAAGAAAUUGAGUAAGCUCAAUGCAAUAUUCCAAAUAAAGGAUUCAAAGACAGUAGUGGGAAAAGCAAAUUCAGAAAGUCGGUUUCCUUUUCAGAGGAGAAGACAUCAUUCAGUUUCUUGAUGCUGUAUUGAACGUGUGAAUAAGAGUGUAUAGCCCUUUUCUUUCUUCUUCUUUUGGCAUUGUGAUGUUUUGCGAUCAUUGACUAUAUAAUUCCUAGUUUAAUCUCUGUGUUGAGUUAA